CUCCUGGCUUUGCAUUCCCUUUCCCACUUCUCUAUCUUCCCAUGCCCCUUCCUUUCCUCUUCCUUCCCCUCCCCUUUUCCCUUCUUCCUUCCCUUCUCCUAUUAAUUGUGAGCAGGACUUACCUUCAGAGAAUUAAUACAGCCCACUAUAGUACCAUCAGGAACCAAUAGCUGCAGUGAAUACAGCAGUGAGUGCAUCUUAAAUUGAGAGACAAUUUCAAAGGUCCUGCUUACCUACUGUAAUGUACGACUCCAGAGAAAGACAGAAGUUCAUCAGUGAUGCUCAGUAUGUGAGGGAAAUGCAACACAAGAUGGAUUCAGAGUAUCAGGCUUGCCUGAGAAGACAGGAGCAGAAUAGAGAACAGACUGAGAAGAAACGAGAGCAACAUGCCAGGCAAGAACAGAGGCAGAAAACCCUAUCUUCCAUCUAUGCUACACGCAGUUAUGAAAGACCAUGGAUAUCAGGCAUACCAGUUACCAGACAGUCCUCUGCAGAUGAGGGUUCUGGGUCUGCCAUCAAGUCUUCUGCAAACAGAUCUGACUCAAAAUUCCCUGCUAUAGAAAAAAUAUCAAGCAAGCAAAAGCAAAAACCUCCCAUGAGCUCCAGCAAAGUAACUCCAGCUGCCCAGAAGCAGUCAUUAUUAAGGAGAAAGAGAAUGAACCAGGGAGGAUUGUUGGGAAGCCCAGACACACAGAAUAUGAGAAAAUUGGAAGACAAAGACAGACGGGCCUCGUUGCUGCAGGCAAAGGUACAAGUUACCAGCACAUCUGAUCUUGGAGUGACAAAUGAAACUACGCUCACGAACAAGAAGAGAUCUCAAGAGAGAAGGAAUGUAAUCCAGUCUUCUAAGCUAAAUCUCGAUCGUAAAGGUCUAGACAAAGAUAGCAAAAUAGGAAGUGUCCUUCCACAGACUCAGCAGUCUCCAACUCUAUCAUCUGCAUCUACCUUGCAAGGAGCUCAUGGUUCCUUUGUCUCAAAUGAGUCACAUGGUCCAUCUUUUAUACCCACUAAAAUGGCCCCUUUGAGGUUUAGAGAUGAAAACUUUUAUUCUAUGCUUUGCUUAAACAUGGAAGAGUCCUGUGAAGAAAAUGAUACUAAAGAUGAUGAUAUACUAGAGAAGGAAUUCCUUUCUUUCAAUCUAAAUCACUCUCCUACUCCUCUAGAACAAAUUAGCAAAUUUAGUGGAAUAUCCUUGGCUCAAGAUGAACAAUGUAACUUUGAAGAAACUGGAGAUGAUAGAAGCAUUUCAUCAAGGAGUGUGGAAUCUUCUCAUCAACCAUUAAGACAACACAAUGUAAUGGACACAACUGUUGAACAGUCUUCAUUAAGGCGAAGAAACUUUAGGGACUAUGGAAAGUCUUACACUCCAGAUGGGAAUUCUUCUGAAGGUGCUGAUUGCAAUAAAAAUGAAAAUGAAACUCCAUUAUUUAGUUCAAGAAGCUCACAAGCUGAAAGCAGACCAGGCAGCGCAUCUAUUGCUGAGACUCUUAAUAACAUUAGCUCUAUAGAUAGGCCUAGUGUCAAUAUUUAUAACAGAGAAUUGCAAGCCUAUGAAAGCAAUCAGAGGCGUUAUACUGAUCUCCUUACUUCUGCAAGGUCAACAGUUCAUAGACCAUUAUUGUAUUCUGCAUAUAAUACUCCAAGAUCAUUAAUACAAUCUGCACAUAGAGCUGAGGUCUCAACAACUGUAUCAUCUCAAGUAUUGGAUUUGGAUGGAAGUUCAAGGUUUAAUGUUCGUAGACCCUUGUCUCCUAUAAGAAGUAGAGAUUCUUUUUCUGCUACAGAAAGUUAUGAAUCUUCAUCACCUAUAGUCAGUACACCUGAAGAUAAUAGCCUGCUGGAUGAUAGUAUAGAUAAUGGUUUAAAGAGUACAUCUGCAAAUGCUGCCUUACAUGAUGAAGAGAACUUACUAAAUUCACAUAGUUCUUUUUUAUCUAUAGAUUCUUCCAGCCCAUCUUUGUUUCAAACAAAUUUCACAGCCCACCUUCACAUGGCUGGCACAUUACAUGAUCAAUUACCACUUGCUUUGCUGGCAGUGUCUGAUUUACAAAAUCAAAGUAGUGCUAUGAGCAGCAUUGCAGCCUGUGAUACCACAAGUGCAAAGGAAAUAAACAAACAUGCAGACCCAGAGAAGCUUAAGAAACUACAGGAGAGUCUACUAGCAGAAGACUCAGAAGAGGAAGGAGACCAGUGUCGGAUAUGUCAGAUUGCUGGGGGCUCUUUAACCAAUCCACUGGUAGAACCAUGUGGGUGUGUAGGAACCCUACAGUUUGUUCAUCAGGAAUGUCUAAAAACAUGGCUGAAAGCUAAGAUAAAAUCAGGUGCUGAGCUGGGGGCAGUGAAAACCUGUGAACUGUGUAAGCAGAGCCUGAUAGCUGAUCUGGAUGAUUUUGAUGUGAAUGACUAUUAUAGAAAUCACCAACAGUCUCGGGCACAAAGUGAGCUAAUGAAUUCAGGUCUCUACCUUGUGCUGCUCCUUCACCUUUAUGAACAGAGGUUUGCAGAACUCAUGCGCCUAAACUACAAUCAAGCCAGUAGAGACAGGCCCAUGGCAGAUGCUGCAAUGCCAAUCUGGUGGGGAACUUCCGUGUGAGAAUUGGAGGAGCUGCUCUCAAGACAGCCUAGAGCAGAGGAAAGUGAAAAUUCAGAGUCGGGGAACAAUGGAUAGAAGAGUGCUUACCAGAUUGUCCAAUGAAUUUGGAAUUUGGCAAAGAGGCUUUUAUAUUGAAUACCCUUCUCCAUGUGUUUUAUAUCCUUUUUUUUUUUUUGGUCUUGCCUUACACCAAACUAAAACAAGUUUGUACAUGUCACACAAUCCUUUUCAGGAGGUCUAUUAUUGUCUUUAGAAGUGGAAACACCACUUGAUAAUUACUUUAAAAUAACAUGGAACAAAGCAGCUAGUAGUGAAAAAAAAUGGUGUUUCUAUUGAUUAUAUCCUAAAACUGCUCACCAUAACAGAAAACAGAUGACUAGCAGGCAGUGUGUGUUACUGACUGGCCUUCUGUAACCUUUAAAAAUCAGAAGCUACAGAAAGGCAUGUGGUUGCUUUAUUGUGUACUCUGGACCCAUAUUUCGUUCUGUGAUUCAAAGGUUUCUCCUGAUUAGAGCUUGGGUUUGUACGGUAAAGUUAAACCAUCAUAUAUACAGCUUACACUGGAAUCUUCUAGAACAUACUUGUAUAUUAUUGAUUUACUGUAUGUGAUGACAAACUUAUUAGUGUAUCAUCUCCAGCUUGAGUGGGACAAACUUUCAGUAAAAUAAUUUUAUUCACCCCUUA